UUAUACUUUGACAUGGUUGCUAAUGUAUUCGUCACUGCAGAAAAAAGUUUGGUGCUUCAUAUCACAUUACUAGUUAGUUAAUUAAAUAGGACUGUUUAACCAGGUCCAGGCAGGUGGGUGUGCGCGGGGGCGUGUUUGGAAAGUGAGAAUAGAAAGAGAAUUGUAGUUCUUGAUGCUCCCGUUUUCUUUUUCCUGUCUGGAAUGCUAUAAGUGCAAAGACUUUUGUGGCAUGUGGGACACAUCAGCUUCAUCAUGUUGGGAGUCAGACGUCCAGAGGUGAUCCUCAUCCUUUUUGGUGUGUUUGUACCCACGUUCUGCUGCGAGUGGCUAAGACGAUACACGGACUUGAGUGACAGGUGUCUGUCUCUGCUAUGGGACCUGGGUGGUCCCAUCACAGAAGAGGAGUUUCCACUUCCGUUCCCAAGACAACUUUACAAGCGGGCGGAGAAGUCUCAGACGGCGUGCAAAGUGACCUUUGUUCGCGACAACUUGGGACACAUUUUGGAUCUUUACCAGCAAGUCAACACCACCAGAGUGGGCUGGGAUGCGGACAACUUGGAGGAAAUGCUCAUUGUCAUGCACAGACAGAAGGAGGAGCUCAGCUUGUGUGUUUCACGAGCGAAGACCGACGGCUGUUUUUCCAAAGCGCUGCGCCGCUACUACGUUAGACUGACCAAUGCUACUCUCAACGGCACUGAUGGUGACAGCAAUAUGUGGGAGUUGAUCCGGAGCGAAACCAAAAUGCACCUGCAGCAGAUGCACCUGCUGGUGGCUGCCAUGUGA